CAACUGCAACUACGCCCAGACUAAACCCCAACUGCGAAAGAUUGUGACAAACAUGGCGAUCCCUCUCAAGCUUCUCCUUUUACAGCUGUUAACUUUCUCAGUUUUAGUCAGCGCAGACCUGAUCAGCUCCUCGCUAAAUGUACUCAACCCCCACUCUGAACCAAGUAGACAUUCACAAGAUUUUUGCGCAAUGUAUGACAUUUGUGGAGAACGCAGCGAUGGAAAAGUCCUUAACUGUCCUUAUGCUUCCCCAUCCAUUAAGCCUGAUGAACUCUUUUCUGCCAAAAUCCAAAGCCUAUGCCCAACCAUAACUGGCAAAGUCUGUUGUACAGAGACUCAAUUUGACACUUUGAGGUCUCAAGUUCAACAGGCUGUCCCUUUUCUUGUGGGUUGUCCUGCAUGCUUAAGGAACUUCUUAAACUUGUUCUGCGAGCUCUCUUGCUCUCCAAAUCAGUCUCUUUUUAUCAAUGUCACUUCUAUUGCUGAGGUCAGUGGGAAUAUGACUGUGGAUGGUAUAGACUAUCACAUAACUGAUACGUUUGGAAAAGGGCUUUACGAGUCCUGUAAAGAGGUGAAAUUUGGAACUAUGAACACACGUGCCAUAAACUUUGUUGGUGGUGGUGCUCAAAACUUCAGAGAGUGGUUUACGUUUAUUGGUCAGAAAGCACCACCUGGCUUCCCUGGUUCACCAUAUGCAAUAAACUUCAAAUCAAAUACUCCUGAGUCAGAUGUGAUGGUGCCAAUGAACUUAUCUGUCUAUUCAUGUGGUGACACAUCCCUUGGAUGUUCUUGCGGUGAUUGCCCUUCGUCACCAGCUUGCUCAAGUCCCGAACCCCUGCCGCCCCGUGAAGAAGAAUCUUGCUCAAUCAGAAUCGGUCCUCUUAAGGUUAGAUGCAUUGAGUUAUCAAUGGUACUUGUAUACAUCCUGCUGGUGUCUUGCUUCUUCGGAUGGGGUGCUUUAAAUCGAAGAAGAGAUAUAACAAAACCUGGUGAUAGCUCAGAGCCACUAUUGCAUCCUUUGGAAGAAGAUGGAAUUACUAGUGAGCCGAAGGAGAGCACACUUGGUGUCAAGGUGGAAAGACAUGCUCAAGUUUCUCCUGUUCAGAGAUACAUGGAAAAUUUUUACAGAACAUAUGGGUCAUGGAUUGCUAGAAAUCCAUCUCUUGUUCUCUUCAUGUCGGUGGCUAUUGUUCUUGCACUCAGUUCAGGUCUCUUUAAUUUUGAGGUGGAAACACGCCCAGAAAAGUUGUGGGUAGGUCCUGGAAGCAAAGCAGCAGAAGAGAAAAAGUUCUUUGAUAGCCACCUUUCACCAUUCUACAGAAUCGAGCAGCUUAUAUUGGCCACUGUUCCUGAUCCCAAAAGUGGCAGGGCCCCUAGUAUUGUGACAGAUGAAAAUAUUCUUUUGCUUUUUGAGAUACAAGAGAAGGUCGAUCAAAUCCGUGGAAAUUAUUCAGGCUCAAAGGUUUCUCUGACUGACAUAUGCUUGAAGCCUUUGGGAGAGGAUUGCGCCACUCAGAGUAUUCUGCAGUAUUUCAAGAUGGACCCCGGAAACUUUGAUGAUUAUGGAGGAGUUGAGCAUGCUGAGUACUGUUUUCAGCAUUACACUUCAUCAGAGAUGUGUUUGAGCGCUUUUCAGGCGCCUGUUGAUCCUAGUGCAGUGUUGGGAGGAUUCUCGGGGAAUAACUAUUCAGAGGUAAUGGUUUCAGAACUUAGUUGCUCAGUACCUUUUGGUUGUUAUUCUGACCUAAACGAACUGUAUUUUCAGGCUACUGCGUUUGUUGUAACUUAUCCAGUUAACAAUGUCAUUGGUGAUUCAAGUAAUGAAAACGCAAUGGCAAUAGCAUGGGAACAAUCGUUCAUUCAAUUAGCAAAGGAGGUGGUACUACCUAUGGUGCGAUCCAAGAAUUUGACUCUUUCAUUUUCAUCUGAAAGCUCAAUAGAGGAAGAGCUGAAAAGAGAAAGCACUGCUGAUAUUAUAACAAUAGCUGCAAGCUAUUUGGUUAUGUUUGUUUACAUUUCCGUCACACUUGGAGAUGCUCCGCAGUUCGAUACUUUUUAUAUUUCAUCAAAGGUUUUACUCGGUCUUUCCGGGGUUGUGCUUGUCUUGCUUUCUGUACUUGGAUCUGUUGGAAUUUUCAGUGCCCUUGGAGUUAAAUCAACAUUGAUCAUAAUGGAAGUCAUUCCUUUCCUAGUCCUGGCUGUGGGAGUAGAUAAUAUGUGCAUACUGGUUCAUGCUGUAAAGAGACAACCUCGUCAUGUUUCUUUAGAGGAACGGAUUAGCUCUGCACUUGUUGAAGUAGGCCCAUCGAUAACGUUGGCAAGUUUAUCCGAGGUCUUGGCUUUUGCUGUUGGAGCCUUUGUUCCAAUGCCAGCAUGUCGUAUCUUCUCCAUGUUUGCAGCUUUGGCUAUUAUGCUGGACUUCUUUCUGCAAAUCACUGCUUUUGUUGCCCUAAUCGUUUUUGACUGCAAAAGAUCUGCGGAUAACAGGAUUGAUUGUUUCCCUUGCAUAAAAGCUCCGUCAACAUCUCAAGAAUCUGUUGAAGGUGGAACGGGACCUGGGUUUCUUGAGAGAUACAUGAAGGAGGUUCAUGCACCUGUUCUUGGACUUAGGGUUGUAAAAAUGGGUGUUGUCGCUGUAUUCUUGGCUUUUGCGCUGGCAAGCAUUGCCAUCAGCCCAAGGCUUGAAACUGGCUUGGAGCAGAAGAUUGUUCUUCCUCGAGACUCUUACCUUCAAGACUAUUUUGACAGUCUGUCAGAGUACCUCAGGGUUGGGCCGCCUUUGUAUUUUGUAGUCAAGGAUUACAAUUAUAGCUUGGAAUCAAAGCAUACAAAUCAGUUGUGCUCUAUCAGCCAAUGCAAUUCAAAUUCCCUGUUAAAUGAGAUAUCAAGAGCAUCACAAGCUCCAGAAACAAGUUACAUUGCCAAACCAGCUGCUUCUUGGCUCGAUGAUUUUCUUGUAUGGCUAUCACCAGAGGCUUUUGGCUGUUGUCGGAAGUUCACUAAUGACAGUUAUUGUCCUCCAGAUGACCAGCCACCUUGUUGCACCGCUGAGGAAGAUAUAUGCAGUUUAGAUGGGAUCUGUAAAGACUGCACUACAUGCUUUCGGCACUCAGAUUUGGUUCAUGACCGCCCAUCUACAGCUCAAUUCAGGGAGAAAUUACCCUGGUUUCUUAAUGCUUUGCCUUCGGCUGACUGUGCAAAGGGUGGUCAUGGGGCUUAUACGAAUAGCGUGGAUUUGAAAGGGUACGAGACUGGUGUUAUACAGGCAUCUGAGUUCCGUACAUACCACACUCCGCUUAACACACAAGGUGACUAUGUUAAUGCACUGCGAGCUGCUCGGGAGUUCAGUUCAAGAAUAUCAAAUUCCUUGAAGAUUGACAUUUUUCCAUAUUCAGUUUUCUACAUUUUCUUUGAGCAAUAUCUGAAUAUCUGGACAGUAGCUUUGACAGACUUUGCUAUAGCAAUCGGUGCUAUAUUUAUUGUUUGCUUGUUAAUCACUUCCAGUGUUUGGAGUUCAGCCAUCAUUGUCCUUGUAUUAGUGAUGAUACUCUUGGAUCUCAUGGGUAUGAUGGUGAUUCUGGGCAUCCAACUCAAUGCAGUUUCUGUUGUGAAUUUGAUAAUGUCAAUUGGGAUUGCUGUUGAAUUCUGCGUGCACAUAUCACAUGCUUUCCUGAUGAGUAGUGGGAACCGAGACCAAAGAGCGAGGAAGGCACUGGAAACCAUGGGAGCUUCAGUUUUCAGUGGGAUCACACUCACAAAACUUGUUGGAGUGACUGUGCUUUGCUUUGCAAGAUCAGAGAUAUUUGUGGUGUAUUACUUCCAAAUGUACUUGGCACUGGUUAUAAUCGGCUUCUUGCAUGGGCUUAUUUUUUUACCAGUCAUACUGAGUUUAGCUGGCCCUCCGCAGCUAUAUUUGGACAUCGAGGAGCAGCAGCAGACAGACGAAGCAUCUUCUUCCCUGUUGAACUGAGUAACUCCACAGACUCUCUUAAGUCUUAAUUCAAACUUUAUAUUACUCUUCUUACUGUUCAAAUGUCAAAAAGUAAAGAAUCAACAGUGUGAUUACUGGAUAUGCUCUGUAUCAAAGUUAGGUGACAGGCCCGUGGCCCAAACUAUUGGCCCAAAGUUUAAUA